UCGUACGAUGUGUCAUAGACAAUUUAAUGUGUUAAUUAUGGUGAAGUGUCCCAGUGAAACUUGAAGUUGUGUUUUUCUACAGAACUGUGCUUAUAGAAAAAUGAAUAAUGGAGAAGUUCCGAGCAAAGAAAAAUCCGCCUAUAAAACAUGGUGGAAGAAUCGUUCGAAAGGCGAAAAGAAUCUCAUAAUUGCGGGUGUUGUUGCGGCUGUUACAUUAACAUUGUUUUUUAUAAUUUAUUUUUCCCUUUCUGAUGGCCUCGAGGAGUGCUCUUCACCCACGUGUGCAAGGAUCUCGAUGGAGCUUCUCCUCAAGUACAUCGACAUCAAAGUGGAUCCGUGCGAAGAUUUUUAUCGAUUUUCUUGCGGUAAUUUCCUGAAGAACAGCAAACUAGAUAGUCGAGGUUCAUGGUCGGUGCAGAAUGUCAUGGAGGAGGAGAUUCAGACCCAAAUUAAAAAUAUGUUGACGGAACCGGCGCAGACGGAGGAUCCGGUAGCUUUCAAUUUAGCAAAGAAAUUUUAUCGAGCUUGCAUGAACGAGAGUGCAAUCGAAGCAGAAGGAUUAAAGAGGAUGAAACAAAUUUUUAAGCAAAUAGGCGGAUGGCCCACUCUUAACGGGAAUAAUUGGCGUAAGGAUUUAUUCAAUUGGAAAGAUGCUGUGUACAAACUCAGGCAGCUCGGAAUUAAUUUCGAAUCUUUUUUAAUUCUGUCUGUGCAAAGAGAUAAAGCCGAUCCCAAUAGGUACAUUCUAAACCUGGAAAGCCCUUACAGUCGCUCGGAAAUAAACGCGGAGAUAAAAAAAUUCUAUUUGGACUAUAUGGUCGACGUUGCUGUAAUGAUGGGCGCCACGAAGGAGAAAGCGCGCAAAGAACAAAGCCAAGUCCUGGAUUUUUUGCUAAGAUUAGCUAAGAUUUCUCACGAAGUUGAAGCUGCUAAUGGAACCGGUCUUUAUAAUCCUUUAUCGCUGUCAGAAUUACAAUAUGAAUUUUCCGGAGUACCCUGGACGGAAUACAUCAACCACAUUCUUGCUCCUGCCACGAGGAUUACUCACGAUGAUGAGAUAUCCGUUUCCGAACCUUUAUACCUCAAAAAAAUGCUCACUUUGCUCAAACAUACCGAUCAAAGAAUUGUAGCAAAUUUCAUGUGCUGGCAAGUUCUGCAAAAUUGUAUUAAUUAUUUACCGAAGAAAAUAUUAAACAGAGCGUCUGAGUUUCUUAAAAAUGUAAGUGGAAGAGAAGUACACGUAUCCCGUGAGAAUAUAUGCACUGCUGAUGUUGAAGACCGCUUUUCCACCGUUAUUUCAGCAGCUUACGUACGGAAAUAUUUGGACGAGAAUACGCGUUAUAGUGCUCUAUCCAUGAUUCGAAGUAUGAAACACCAGUUUAAGGAAAAUCUCUACGAAUUAGAUUGGCUAGACAAAAGGGCUAAAGAUAUGGCAUCGGAAAUGUUGUUAUCCAGUGUUGAAGAAAUCCCUCGUUACGAAGAUUUAAUUCAAAAUAACUUCUUAUACGAAAACGUGGAAAUAUUGCAAGAUAAGCUCUUGACGUCGGUCCUAAAUCUGGAUUAUGUGACUACCAAUAUUCUAUAUGGAAAGCUGAGACAACCUGUAAAGGACAAUUUUUUUGAAAAACCUGGAAGCGUCACAGGAUUAAAUAUUGUUUAUUCACCAACGGAAAACGUCUUGAGAAUACCCGUGGGGAGACUCGAAGGAAUUUUCUACCAAAAAAAUCGACCCAACUAUAUGAACUUUGGAAUCCUUGGUACCGUGAUUGGGCAUAAAAUGUAUCAUAUAAUUACAGAGGCAAAAUAUAAAGGAGGACAAGGGGAAGUAAGAAAUUGGUGGUCUUCGCACAGUUUACUCAAUUAUGAGGUGAAGCUUCAGUGUCUCUCCAAUCACUAUGGAAAAUUCAUUGUUAAAAUGAUAGAACACGUGAACGCUUCUAGCACCCGCGACGAAGACAUGGCCGAUUUAGCCGGCUUGAAAGUUGCUUACGACGCUUACGUCAGAUGGGUUCACGAAAACGGAGCUGAACCUCGGCUUUCAGGCUUAAACUUCUCACCGAAGCAAUUGUUCUGGAUAUCAUCAGCCAUCCAUCACUGCGCCAAAUACUCGCCCCAGACACUGCAGAGGUACAUCGCUAAUUACCAGCAAAGUCCAGGCCAGUUCCGCGUCAAUGGCGCUCUGCAAAAUUUAGACGAGUUCGCAAUGGAUUUCGGAUGUUCGAGAGGGACGAAUAUGAACCCGGCGCAAAAGUGUCGGAUUUGGUAGAUCCAUCUUUUAUCAGUACAUUCCAUCCGUUCGUUUUUACAUGCGAGGGGCGAUGAAGAGAUUGUUGUUAAUAGGGGAAAUUGUUUUGCAAGUUUUAUGUUGGGAAAAUAUUGGGAGCUCAUGCUAAAACCGAUAAUGUACUGUAUCGAUUACUUGUAUCACAACAUUA